ACUAUCUCCAAAAUGUUUAAGGUUGGAGCCGCACUUACAUAUGCCGGGAUUAUCUAUUCCUAAUUUGGAUUAAAAUAGCCCUCGACUGGUUUAAGUUAAGAUGAAGCAUUCCUGGAGACUAACUAAACUACCGUUUCGGAUGCAUCAUCCUACGACACCGACGCGUCAUGCGGCAUUUAGGGAGGAUACAUGUAGUCUAACAAUACAUAGGUCCAUCUAUCUAUGUACAUACCUAUGGCUUGAGGUACCUAUGGCGUUUUGAUUUAGAUCCCGCCUCCACUUUCGACAUGCUUCCAUAAAAGUCAUUAAUUCUUGGCUGGUGCAACUGUUCCAACAAAGUUCGACCGAUAUUCGCAGCAUAUCAUGACAGCACAGGAAACUGAUGUUUUAAUCGUAGGAGGAGGGCCAACGGGGGUAACAUUAGCGCUCGAGUUGGCUAUUCAUAAGAUACCGUUCCGCAUCGUCGACAGGGAAUUACAGAGAUCGGACAAGUCCAGGGCUCUAGGUAUUCAACCACGCACCCUAGAACUUUUAAAUCGACAUGGAGAUGUUCGGAAACUCGUCUCACAAGGAAAUCUAAGCAGCGGCACUACAUUCUAUCUUAACGGAAAGAAGGCGGCGGACAUCGAUAUAUCAGGUCUUGUAGAAGACUCGGUGUUCCCCCUAAUCCUCAUUAUCUCUCAGUGCGAAACAGAGGCGUUCUUGGACGGAUGUCUUGCGAAGCAUGGUUUCGCUGUCGAGAGAGGCCUCGAAGCAACAUCUAUCGUUCAAGAUCCUACCGGGGUCACCGUGAAACUAAAGAACCCAGAUGGUGUUGAGGAGACUGUUCGCGCAAAAUACGUCGUUGGUGCUGAUGGAGCGCACAGCAGCGUGCGACGUGCUGCUGAGGGUCUUACAUUUCAAGGCGCGGCCUACCCACAGGACUUCAUCCUCUGCGAUGCCCAUGUGAGGAACUCCAAACUAGCCUGGAACCGAUUCUCUCUUUGCCUGGGCAGAGGGUCUCUUGCCGUGUUCCCGCUGAAAGACGGCACAUGUCGAGUCGUAGUGUCCCGCAUAAACCCUAAGGUGGAUGUUGAACCAACACUAGAAGACUUUCAAGAAAUGUUAAAUCAGCUUCAUCCAGAUGCGGGUGAACUGUACGACCCUACUUGGAUCAGCCAGUUCCAUCUACAUCACAGAGGCGUGAAUAGCUACCGCGACGGUCGUCUGUUCGUCGCGGGCGACGCAGCACAUAUCCACUCCCCCGCUGGAGCUCAAGGCAUGAACACCGGCAUACAAGAUUCCAUAAACCUAGGAUGGAAGUUAGCGAAGGUGAUACGGGGCAAGCGACCAAAUUCGUUCCUCGAUAGCUACGACCGCGAACGCCGUCCAAUUGGCCAACAUUUACUUGAAACUUCCGAUAAAAUGUUCACUUGGGGUUGUUCUUCUAACCCCUUCUUCAUCUCCUUCCGCAAUAUUCUGUUCUCAUGGGUGUUGCCCUGGUUUGUCAGCAGCCGAAAUCGUCGUGCCAAUAUCUUCAAGUUCAUAUCCGAAUUUGGAAUCAACUACAGAGACAGCUCCGUGGUGGGUACGGCAUCGGGGUACUCGGGGCUGGUGUUGGGAGGCGACCGUGCUCCGGACAAGAUAAUUAAGAGCGCGGGUAAGGAAAGGCAAUUCUUGGAGCUUAUCACGCCAGAUACGCAUCAUCUGGUACUUCUUUCAGGGGUUGGCGAUGAUGCUAUUACGGAACAAGCCAUACUGGAAGCGCAGUCAGGUUUUACGAAUAAAAACUCGGACGAAGCUAAGGUGCACUUGAUCCUUGACGAAGCGGCCGAGGGAGCGAGUGAUUCUGGGCAUAUCGAUGUUGGAAACCAUUUACAUGGUCAGUUCGGAUGUUCCAAGCCCUCUUAUGUCUACAUUCGACCGGAUGGUUAUAUAGAGCAUAUUGGACACCUAUCAGAGUUCCAGGCGCUGUUAGAAUGGCUUGAGUGAAAUUGGUUAAGUCUAAGGGUCGGGUCGUUAUCUUUGGUGUGCCAUAUCUCUUAUAACCUUGUCGCUUAAGUGUAUCCAAAUUGUACUUGAAGCGAGGCGUUACAGGAAGUCAGGCAUAUAGGUAACUGUUCACUAUAUGUUAUAAAUUACCCCUAAAUGGAACUUACGAAUCGAACGAAAUGACUUAUCUAUGAUUCCACCUUCUCUUAACGAGUACCUAUCAUCAAACUGGUUACCACAAGAAACGAUAAGCCUGGGAUACUGUAACCCAUUUCUCACUUACCACGCCAGCUCCUUCUUCAAGGUCUAGUACCCGAAUCGGGAGCAGUCGGGAUACCCUACUACCUCAGGUACCUAUUCGCAACUGCCAAUUCAAAAGGGUUAUUAUCGUGACCUUGCC